GUAUUGCUGUGUUGGCGAGUGAUGUUUUUAUUUGUGCUCCUGCAGAAGAAAGGUUAUUUUGCCAAAAAUAUUGACGAAUAACUGUAGGCUUGAGCUGAUUUUUUCAUGACUCUUGCGAGAAUAGAUGAAUUCAACUCAUAAACGUGAUGUCGUGGCUUGAAAAGGGCAUUUCGUCUCUGAAGGGGCAGAUAACGAAUUUCACCAAGGAAGUUUUAGCUGAUGAAGACCCUGAUUCCACUGACGCCGCGGCGGCGGCCGCAGCAGCAGCAGACGACGCCGGGGCAGCCGGUGGUGGCAGUAGCGGCGGCAGCAGGCAGGCCGUCGAGGGACUGACGACGGCGGCUCACGACCAGCCCACCCCUCUUCAACAUGAGCAGCAACAACAGCAGCAGUCCGAGGGUUUCUUCGGCCAGGCGAGCGCCGCGCUCAGCGUGCUGCCGGGCCUGCCGCUGUUCGGCCGCAGCUCGCCGACCCUGCCGCCCGGGCAGGAGCAGGGCCAGGACCGGCUGCGGCAGCACUGCGUCCAGCUCGAGUCCACGGUGCAGCGGCUGCUGCAGCAGCUGGAGGAGGUCGCCGAGGCACGCGACAAGGAGUCCCUGGAGCUGGCCACGCUGCGGCGCGAGCUGCGGCUGCGCGGCCAGGGAGACUCUGGCCCGGGCUCCGGAUCCGGCUCACGUCACGGUGACUCCCCUCAACUUCCAGCUUUUUCAUUUACCAAACGGGAUUUCUUUCAUUGGGAUGAUGGUAGUGUCCUAGCAGGUCCUGAUGGUACUGGUAUAAGUCCAGCUCUCUCAGAUGAUGGCUUCACUAAACUUGAUCCUUCUGAAACUGAGCUGUGGGAAGCCACUCAAGAACUAUCGCAAAGUUUGGAGGCCCAAGUUGAACUCCAUAAAAAGGAAUUGGAAAAGUGUUAUCAAAUGAAACAGGAUUGGUUAUUGGAGAAGACAAACCUUGAAGGUACAAUAGAGCAACUUCAAAAGCAGUUGAAUGCUUUGCAGGACUGGCAGAGCCCUGAUCCUGACUUUGCCAAUGGAAAUGAGACCAAGCUUCACAACACUAUUGCAAAACUACAAAAAGAAAAUGAACUUCUUCAAAAUGAAAAGGUGGAUGCCCUGGAAAGACUGAAGGUUGUAGAAUCAAAACUUUUUGAAUCUGAAAAGGAGAAGGCUGAACUGAGUGUAAAUAUGGAAGAACUGGACUCUCAAACUACAGAAACACUGAACCAACUUUUGGAAAUUAAGAAAGGGAUUCAAGAUAAAUAUGACUCUUUAAAAUUGGAGCAUGAAAACCUCUCAUCAAAUUUUAAAAAAGUAAAGGAGGAGAGAGACAACUUGAUGUCAGUAGAAAUGGAGAGUGUGGAAAUAUCAGGCAGGUUUGACUCUUUGAAAUCUCAGUUCCAGCUUGUAGAAUCAGAAAAAGAAGAUUUGCUCUCAAAACUAUCCUCCCUCCAAUCAGAGAACAAUGAUUUGCUCUCAAAACUAUCCUCCUUCCAAUCAGAGAACAAUGAUUUGCUCUCAAAACUAUCUUCCUUCCAAUCAGAGAACAAUGAUUUGCUUGGAAAAAUUGAUUCAAUUCAAUUGGAUCUUGAAUCUCUUGAAGUGAAGUAUAGUACCUUGUUAUCUGAAAAUGGAACCUUGAAGACAAAGUUAGGCGCUGCACAAUGUGAUUUGGAUUCUGCAAACUCUGAGCUUUCUGAAAGGAUGAGAGUUGAUGAUCAGAACACUUCGGAAACAAACUGUUCAGACAUGACAUCCACCGAGAAGUACGUGAUUGACAAGCUCAAAAAUAUUGUCAGCUUGGAAAUUCCAGAAGAAUACUUCAAGGAUAUUGCGGUAAGAGAUGGGGAUAAUGAAAAGGAACUGGAAGCCCAACUUGACAUGGUUGCUGCCCUUGUCAAAAUGACAGUGGACCUCAGGUGGAAAAAUGACACUUUGGAGAGAAAUUUGGUUGAGUACACACGUCAGCUGAGAGACCUCUCAGCCCAAUUAAGUAGCAGAGAUAAACAGGUUGUUAAGCUGGAGGAGGAGUGUGUCAUGCUUCGAGAAAACAUGGAGUCUUUACUAGAUGGCUUGAAUGUCACCCCUGAAAAGGGCAUGCUCCCAUCUAUUCCUGAAACAUCAGAAGCAGGCGAUGAUGAAUUACUUGAUGCUGCUUCCAAUGCAGAACACAGCAAUGAGCAACAUUUUCUUGAAGGUGGAAAUAAGGCUAAUGAAGAAGUCAGUAAAACCAUAGAAAAGUUAGAAAACGAACUUGAAAACCUUAGAGAGGCACGCUCCAACCUAGAACAUGAAACAAAGAGAUUGCGAGCUGAACUUCAUGAGUUAACUUCCAGGUUAAGGUCAUCAGAGAGCAUGCUUCGUAAUCAAGAUAAUUUAGAAAGAGAUGUGGAACGCUGGCGGAAGCAGUGUGAAAAGAUUCGGAAUACACAUGAGGAUCUCCAGAAAGAAAAUUUACAGCUCAAAGAGGAAGCUGAAAUGGCACGCUUUGGUCAAGAUAGCCUACAGGCUGAGGUUUCAGAGUGGAAAACAAUUGCUGAUACUGUCACACAAGAGAGACAAGAUGCAAUUCGUGCUAAGGAAUUACUUGCUGCAGAGGUUGCUGAACUGAAAGCUAAUUUAACAGCAGCUGAUUGCAUUAGUUCACAGCUAGAACAAGCUACACAAAUAAAAACUGCCUUAGAAUCUGAAGUUUCACAACUUAAGAAGAAUUUGACUGCCAUGAAUGAAUCAAACAAAAAUCUAGAUGAUGCAAAUGCUGCAAUCAUGGCCCUGCAGGAUGAGGUUGCCGUUUUAAAGCAAGAACUUUUGGUUAAAGAUAAAGCUGCCUCUGAAAUCAAUCAGAAUGAAGUUGCUGAGCUGUUGCAUAAGAUUGACAGUCUUGAAAGUCAGAAAAGAAAUCUGGAAUUAUCUUUAUCAGAACUGGGAUCUGAAAAUGCAAGUAUAUGUGAACAUGUUAUGACACUUCAACAGAAGUGUGACAGUCUAUCUGCUGAUUUGGCUUGUAAAGCAAGUUCAGAAUAUGAUAAUACUCAAAACUUCCUUCAUGAAAAACAAGCAUUAGAGGAACAGGUGACCAGAAUGACCAGCAAUUAUGAGAGAGUAAAGAAGAACUUGGAAGAUUUGGGUGCAUCUAAAUCAACCAUUGAGAAUGAACUGGAUCAGUCAAAACUGUCUCUCAAAGAGGCUCAAGAAAAAGUACAAACAUAUGAAAUAUCACUACAACAAAAACUGGAAAAUGAAUUAUGUCUUAAUGAGCAAAUAGAAGCUAUGAUUAUAGCAAAACAUGCGUCAGAGCAAGAAGUUAAAAAUUUGCAGGAUCAGCUACAGCAACUUCAAUCCACCUCACCAAGUGCAACUCAAGAUGAAAAUAAUUCCAGUACAAUAGAAACCUUAGAACGAAAGCUACAUUCAAUGCUAGAAGAAAAAGAACAAAUUCUAUCUGUUUUAAAUGAGAAAACUCGUGAUAAUAGUGUUUUACGUUCAGAAAACCAAAAGCUUCUGGCUGCCAUGUCAAAUCAGUCAGAUAACCAACAGUCACCUGCUGUUACUGAACAGUCUGCUCAAUUGUUGCAACAUUUAAAUCAACUGCAGUUAGAAAGGGAUCAGUUAAUAUCUACAGUUCAAAUUAAACACAAUGAAAGUUUAAGGUACCAUGCAGAAAUUCUUCGACUGAAUUCUUUGCUCGAACAAAACCAACAAGAAUUGGCCCAGACUUGUGAUCAAGGCAACGACAGUGCAAAGGUAACUUCGUCAACAAACAAAAAUCAGGAAGUUUUAGCAUUGGAAGCUAAAUGUGCUAAUCUUGCCGCAAGCCUACAGGAAGAAAAGAGUCAAAAUGCUUACCUGCAAAAUGAGAUGCAAGAGCAACAUGAGAAAGAAGCAAUGUUAACCCGAGAACUAGAUCGUUUGCGAGCUCACAUGGUUGAGGUAGAAGAGACCUACACUGCAGAAGCUUUGCGUUUAGAAGAACAGGCUCAGGAUUUGCAAGGGAAACUUAAUGUGGCAGAAGGCAGACUUAGAAAUGUUGCCACUGCUCACACAUCUGCCAGUAUCCUUGCAAACCAGCAUGUAGAAUCGUUGCAAGGUCAAUCUCGACUCAUUGGUCAGCAAAGAGAUGAACUUCAAUCCAAACUUAGUGCUGUUGAAGAUCGGGAACAGAAACAUGCUGCUGCUUUGAGAAAUUUACAAGCAGUCCUCGAACAAUUCCAAAGAGAGAAAGAGCAAGAUUUGAAAUCACUUACUGAGAAGCUACGGCUCGAACUUCAAAGUGCUCAUAAGAAACAUGAUGAACUGACUCAAGAGAUUAAACUUCUCCAGGGUCAGCUAAAUGAAGCAAAGGAGGGUUUGAGUGCUGCUGCUAGACUAGGAGUACAACUUGACAAGAAAUCUGAGACCAUAAACUCAUUAAGGGAACAAAUCAACCAACAUCAAAAGGAGCUCAAAGUUGCAGACGAAAGAAUCCAAGCUGCAAGUCAGAGUGUCGAGGGUAAAGUUGACAAAUCACUUGUGAAAAACCUUGUAGUUGGUUUACUUACUGCACCAGCAAAUACAAGAAGCCCUGCCCUUCGAGUUGUGGCAUCUGUUCUUGACUUCAACCAUGAUGAAAGACAACGAGUGGGUCUUGAGCAGGGGUUAACUUCAAAUGAGCAGUCCUUAUCUGAAGCAUUUGUUCGAUUCUUGGAGAGUGAAUCAAGACCCCAGAUGCAACUUCGUCUAUUACCAGAAGCAAGUCCUACAUCUGUAUCAUCUAAAAGAAAGGACUCACAAGUUAGCACUGGUCCAGGAGAGAGUCCAAUUCGAAAAUCUCCCUUACUCUCUGAAGUCGUCCUACCUACUCUCGCACCAUUGCCUGCUGGACGUAGUAGUGGCAGUAUUUUAAAAGAUGUUUUAAAAAAUGAUGUGUAGACUUUAUUCCUGCUAAUGUAAAAGAAAAAGAAAAAAACAGCCAAAGUGUAUUUUGAAAAUAAUUAAAAGAGGGGUCAAGUCGCCUGUAUUCUUGUCUGUCAGUUACAGUUUUGUGCUGUGCUGUUGUCUGUGUGAUAUCAGAGACUUAGUAUUUUUUUUAAAGUACAGUAAGGCAAAAGUGCUAUGUAGCUGAACAUUAGAAUAUAUUUUAUUAAUGUAAUAUGUGAUUAUUCAGAAUAGCUUUAAUAGGCAAAUAAUUAUAAAUUACUGUUAUGAUUUCUAUGAAAAGUUACUGAUGAUAGAAUAAACCAUAUUUAUUUGAUGUAAA